AUGCCCCCUAUGGCUAGCCCUUCCAGGCGCGAACCCCAAAGCAGAGUCACGAAGCGACCUUGGACACAGGAUGAAACCGGUCAUUUGGUCUUGGGUCUUCAGGCUGGGUAUCCUUAUAGCGAAAUCCGACGACUCUACCUUCAAAGAAGAUCAAUCCGAGCUUGCAAAGCUCGAGUUGAAACUCUAGAGAAAAACGGCAUGCUAGCCAACUUUCUCCCAAUCGCCCCACAACCGAGCUCAACAGCCAGGCCACGGACGGCGGAAAGCCGCAAUGAUGAAGCACCCCCCAGAAGACGCCCAAAUCCCCCAAGGAGAUCUAGAUUUCCAGGGGUGCAUGCGGACCAGUCGUUGGCCUCAGCAGGCGAGGCGACUGACGCCACUUAUAUAUCCCCAGACUUUUCAGAUGGAGAGGACAGUGACGAUUCAUAUGUGGAUCCCAGCUCCGACAUUGACGUUCCAAAUGCCUCUCCUCCAGACACGCAUAAUCCAAUGGAUGCCGCGGCCACUUCGACCAUGAUGGCACCCACGGAUGAAGCUAUUGACCAGGUGCAGCUGCAGAAUAACAUAUCUGUGGAACAAACCGCCCCCAGUAUGCCUCAGAGUCAGGAGGCAACCUCUGCCGAAGUCGAGGCUCGUCGACUCCAUAACUCAGUCCGGGAGAUCUGGAAUCAAAUAUCUCAGUUCUACAUCAAGUAUCCGGCUCCGGACGUGAAUGUUCACCAGAUAGAUGAAUGGGAUGAGGACUGCGAGGACAUCCAUUUUUUGCUUUUAAAGUGGACCAGAGACCUGCCUCCACAAUACGCAGUGGUGAAUGGGGAGAUUCCAACGGAUGCUCCAACAGAUUUAAUUGUGGCCCACCUGGAGUAUCGGGUCGCACAAAUCAAAUGGUAUGGGCCAAUGCACAACUGUGAUCCCUCGCGGAGACCCCACGGGAUUUUCAAGAGUCCGGAAAAGACCUGUGUCGUGGCAGCCAGGGAUAUUGUUUCAAUCCUGGAACAACAUCUCCGGCGAACACCGCUGUAUAUGAUGAGUCCCCAUUUGAAGGCCCUGGCAACGGCGACCCUCACCGCAUUCAGUGCUCUCAAAGAUCGGGCUCCUUGUCCAGAUCAAGACAUACUUAUGGCCCAGAGAAUUGCACAAAUACUUGCAAGUCUCCUCAAUGUGCUGCACCCCUUGUGUACCAAUGAAUGCGCCCAACAGUCUCAGCUCUUAGGCGAGGACCGCGGGAAGUUCCAGAUGCAUCCAACCAACACAACAAUUCCGGAUUUGUCCCCUCGCCAUCAACUCGAACGGGGAAUGGUCCGCUCAAUGGUGAGACUACUCCUGGCGAUUUUGGACCAAGUCGAGGCCAACGCUGACAGUGCUCAAUGUACUACAGAGGAAGAAGCCAACAUGAACGUCCAUGCGAGUGCAGCAGGACCCUCUAAUUUCAUUGGGGGGCCUAAUGAUGAACGGCAACGGCGACAAGCCGCAGCGAGCCCAUUGACCUAUGCAGCACCGUCUGAAAUAUCUCAAAACCCUUUUAGCGAGGCUGGCUACAACUUCUACGGCAACGAGCCCAUGUACGGCGGCAUCACGGGCAAGGAGUUCGCGGCCGACAUCUACAUCGGCGUCGUCUACUACCAGCGCCUGAGAUACGUGGUCAGUGACAAGUUCCAGGUGCGCACGACGGGGCCCGUCAACGCCCUGCACGUCUAUACCAAAGUUAGUCGACUGUUGCGAUUUGACAUCCUUUUCAAUGGCCCCCGAACGCCACAGACUUAUUGA